AUGAAGCUCCUGACCCACAACCUGCUGAGCUCUCACGUGCCGGGGCUGCGGCCCGGGGGCGGCUUCCCCCUGCGGAUCGAGGCUGCGGAGGUGCGGGUGCGCCCGGUGCCGUUCAACGCCGCCUUCGUGGCGCGGCUGCUGCCGAGGCUGCGCUGGGACGCGCUCAGGGAGGCGGCCGAGAGCCUGGGACACCCCUCGGAGCUGCCCCCCGAGCCCCUCCCCAAUUACGAGGGCGACGAGGAAUUCCUGCGCCGUGUCCACCACGUCCUGCUCGAGCUGGAGGUGCUCGAGGGCUCCCUGCAGUGCCCGGACUCGGGGCGUCGCUUCCCCAUCUCCAAGGGGGUCCCCAACCUCCUCCUGAGCGAGGACGAGGCUUGAGGAGGGGUCGGGACCCCCAAAUUCAUCCCCAAAAUGGGGCUCAGCCCCUCCCCCCCCCGGACAGGAUUGUGGGGAGCGCGGGAAAACCCCAAAUUCCCGCGCUU